AAAUGAAAGCCAAGUGGAAAUUACAUUUCCAACAUCGUCGCCUACGCCUACGAUGUGUCCUCCUGUUGGCUGAAAAUGAACAGGUAUGUUUACGUAAUGUAUUGUUUUAUUGUUAUCUACAUGGCCCGUAGACUAUUGUUGAGCAGCAGUAAUUUACUUCAAACACACACAUGAACAAGCAGUCAUUCAAAGUUGUAUUUGUGCUGUAAUCAGACUCAUCAUUACAUAAAAGAAUAGAACAGAGAUAAUUUAUGCCAGGAUACAUCUAUAAAUACUAUUUGAUUGUAACUUUGUGUAGUCAUGUGUAACAGAUAGAAGAAGUGACAGUAAAUAAUAUUUGUAAUUUUUAUUUCUUAUGGUAUGUGUUCUAUUGCAAUAUGUAUUAAUUUCACCAAAAUCCCUCACUUGUUGUGUUGUUCCUAAAUUUAUCCUUGGUAUUGGGAGUACUGUUUUAGUUUGUGCUACAGCGCCCUCUAGUGGUUGUUAGCAGACGCACUGCGUCUCUUCCAGUCUCUCGUCAGUCUGCACUGAACCUGACUGCGAGAGGAAUAAACCUGAGUUCAACAAGACAUGCCAGUGUCCAGCGUCUGAUUGUGCACCAGAACACAACGCAGUGUGGUCGGGACCUGCAGACCGUUCAGGCUACACAUGCAAAGUCCUCCAAACCCCAGGCAGUACUGCCAGCUGAAUGCCACAGUGCCAGUGCUGGCACUGUAUUUUGACGGCCAGAGUGACCUUCGGAUCGACUUUCGCCUGUCCAGGGCAUCUUUUAAUGCCCUGAUGGCAGCCAUCGGGAAGGAUGCUGAUCACGGUUGGGGGCCUGUUAUUGAGUCCCUGGUAUUUUUGUUUUGGUUGGCUAGUGGAACUUCCUACCGUGUUGUGGCCAGGGCAUUUGACAUGCCCCGAACCACAGUUCACCGGGCAGUCCACAAAACGAGCGGGAAGAUAUUGGCUCUCCUCCAUCAGAUCGUCCAUCACCAUCACAGAGGAGGAUCUGGUUGCCGUAGGAACAGGCUUUGCACGUCUGGCAGGGUCGGCUGUUUUUUUAACACGGGAGUUGGUAGUAUCGACGGCUGCCACAUUAGAGUCAAGCCGCCCUCUGACGAUGCAACCUGCUACAUAAACAGGAAACUGUUUUACUCCAUCCAACUUCAGGCUGUGUGUGACCACACAGCAAAGUUUAUUGAUGUUUGCGUUGGUUACACCGGGUCUGUGCAUGAUGCAAGGGUGCUGAAAAACAGCCCUCUGUACUAUGAGCAGAAGUACCCUCCACCGGGUUUCUGCAUCAUUGGGGAUGGCGGUUACCCCUGCCUCUCCAACCCAAUGACCCUCAUCACACCAUACCGCGAGCCUCUCCGCAACCAGCUGCAGUGGAGACGAGGUAAAUGCAAAAAGUAACAAAAUUUAUUUACAAAACACUAAUUCAUGAAUAAAUGUAAAGCUCAGUAUCAGUAGUCAGUGGUGUAGGAGUGCAUGGAUGCGUGUGUGUGAGUGCAUGUAGAAAAAGAGGAAGAAUAGCCGCGCCGCGAUGUCCACAGGAAUGGAGAGAUGUGCGUGAAUGGAGAGAGAGCGUUCUGAACGGCGAAGAGGGUUUUAUAGUCAGCGCUACACCGGGCCCAGGUGUAGCUCAUCAACCCAUCAUCUCCUCAUGUCCCCGCCUCUACCAGAACCUGCAAGAAACAAAGAGACCAGCGAGCCAACACACACCUAGUGGUGGGGAGGGGUCGUCAUUUCUUUGUCAAUGACUUAAAACCUCAGAGUAACAACAAUAAACAGAUUGAAUUAUA